GAUACGUGCUGACUGUAACGUUAUCUUUGGACGAUGAGCGGAAACUACAAGCGAUGAUCACAAUAAUAGAAAAACGUACUGAUUAAACAAACAGCAUACCAGCAGAGCUCGUUCACUCGGUUUGCUAACUAGCAUAGUUGGCUCUAGCUAACGUUAAUGUGCAUGUUAUUAGGUCACUACUGCCUAAAUAGACAAGCACUAUUACUGCAAUACAGUGUCCUGAAUACAGUCAGACCUGCGCUGGCCCGUACCCUCAUACUGAGAACAGAAGGGCACUCGCGCGGAAUUCUAGCCGGGUUUGCGCACAUCAACACCGGCACGGACCGUGUAACGCAGCCCCGGGGAACUGGGAUUAGACACUACGGUGUACGGAUGGAGCCGGGCAAAGGACUAAUAUUCAGACAAUUGUUUGAGUCUAUAAGCAGUACCUACACAUACCUGCUGGGGGACAAAGAGACGAAGGAGGCAGUUCUCAUCGACCCGGUGCUGGAGACGGUGGAUAGAGAUGUCAAACUGAUCGAAGAGCUGGGACUGACGCUGAAAGUAGCAGCCAACACCCACUGUCACGCGGACCACAUCACCGGCACGGGCCUGCUGAAGAAGAAACUUUACGGGUGCAAGAGCGCCAUCUCCCGGCUGAGUGGAGCAAAUGCAGACAUCCUGUUCUCUGAGGGAGACCACAUCACCUUCGGCAAACAUGCCCUGACUGUGAGGGAGACCCCGGGGCACACGGACGGCUGCGUGACCUUCGUUUUGGGGGAUCAGUCCAUGGCCUUCACCGGGGACGCGCUGCUCAUCAGGGGCUGCGGCAGAACGGAUUUCCAGCAGGGCUGCUCCAAGAGGCUUUACGAGUCCGUCCACCAGAAGAUUUUCACUCUUCCUGGAUACUGCCUCCUCUACCCAGCACACGAUUACAAAGGUCAGACCGUGUCCACGGUGGAGGAGGAGAAGAAGUUUAACCCUCGCCUGACCAAGACGCUGGAUGGGUUUGUGCACAUCAUGGCCAAUCUGAAUCUCCCCAAGCCGGCACAGAUAGAUAUCGCUGUGCCUGCAAACCUGGUGUGUGGACUACAUGAAGUCUGAAAUUCAGAUGGGAAAAGAUCUACAGUGUGAGCAUAAUUCCAUAGGCUCUGUCCUAGAUUCUCCUAAUACAUAUUUCUGUAUUAUUUAUGUAUUAUUUUUGAUACUGUGGAUCUAACCAGAGCAGAAAAUGGUUCACAUAUGAAUUGGUUUUAAGUUGAUUAUCCAUACUCAUAAAGUUAAUGAAAACUACAUUUCGGAGGUGUUGCUUUUUUCCCAUCAUGCUUAAAGAAAUCAGUCGUGCUGUUGCCGGGAUGUGUUUUGAGAUAAAUGUAAUCAUGCUAUCAGUAUCAAGCUGCGCAUUUUCUGGUCCUUUUCUGAGGCGCUUAUCUAAUGUAACUGCUGCGGAUUGCAAUACUACGAGGUAUGAGGAAAAUAAGAAUCGAAGCUACUUAGCUACUGAAGCACUAGAGAUGUUGAUUUUGUGAAUAAAUUAUACUUAAUCAUUUUUAAAAAUUCA